AUGGAUUUAAUAGUCUUUGUAAUUCUUAGUUUGUGCAUAACAUAUUGCAAAAUUGAUGCCAGAAACAAUUCUUUACAAGAUGGAGGACAUCAUUUUAUCCGAUCUGAUAGCCUCAUGAAAAUUCAGCAUCAACUGGACAGUAAUUUUGAUUGUGUUGAUAUCUACAAGCAACCUGCUCUACAAAACCCUUUAUUAAAAAAUCAUAAAAUUCAGCUUUACCCAACCUUUGCAAAUAAUAUCAUGGGGAGUAAAUUAUCUUAUGGUAAAAUUGUGGAUGGAUGUUCUGUGGGAAAAGUGCCUAUUUACAACAGAAGAAAAAUAUAUCAAAAAAAUAUUACUAACUCAUCUUCAAGAUUACAAACGGAUGAUUUUCAGCAAUAUUCAAAAAGCUCUCCCGGCUAUCAUUCCGUUACUCUUGAUACAACAAGAAACAUGAUAUUUCACGGAGCAUCCGCGGGCAUAGGCGCAUAUGAUUUGUCGCUUCAAGCAAAUCAAUACAGCAUGUCUUCAAUAUGGCUAGAAAAUGGACCCCCAAUGGAAUUUAAUAGCAUAAAAGUCGGACUUGGGGUUCAUCCAAGUUUAUAUGGAGACAGUCAACUGCGAUUAACAGGUCAUUGGACGGCCGAUAGUUACAAAAAAACUGGAUGUUUUAAUAUUGUUUGUCCGGGUUUUGUGCAAGUCAACCCUAACAAAGAAUAUGCUCUUGGUUCUGUCUCGCAUCCUACUAGUUCGAUUGGUUCAACAUCAAAAUAUAUUGGUUAUAUCAAAAUCAAACAGGAUCAAACUACAGGUCAUUGGUGGUUAAUUAUUCAAACUACAGAAUCAAUAUAUGCUGGAUAUUGGCCAAAAGAAUUAUUCACUCACUUAAGCAAAGGGGCGUCUUUAAUAAGAUUUGGAGGUCAAACUUAUGCACCAUCUAAUAUGGAUAGUCCUCCGAUGGGUAGUGGGAGAUUGCCAAGAGAAAAAUUUAGGAACUCGGGUUUCAUGGUAUUAGUAAAGAUUAUUAACUCAGAAUAUAAUGAAUUUGAUAUAAAACCCGAAGAUGUGAAGCGAUAUACCGAUACCAAUUCUGAUUGUUAUGACUUAUGGUACAAGGGUUAUGAAGGAUCUCAAUAUAAACAAGCUUUUCUUUAUGGUGGUCCAGGUGGACGAAAUUGUGACAUAUGA